GAAGCAUUUCUAUUCCCUGCAGAACUACUGCGUACCGGCGGCAUGGUUCGCUGUGACCCCUGCUGCUUGCUAUUGUUUUUUAAUCUUGCCUGCUAUUGUUCUGAUAUAUCCCCUGGCCUGGCUGGAUCUUCCCAACUCCCGAAAGUAAACCUUUUCCCUUGCCUCAACAAGAGGCCGUGAGACGUUGCUUGGAGGUAAAACGGGAAAAGGGUCCAAGGAGACGACUAAUGGCAUCUGGGCGCAUAAAUUUCAAAAGCAAUUAUGACCAGGCCAGUGGGCAAAUGUUUACAGAGUUCGUAGUGCCUGCCAGGAUGAUUAUGGAUGCAUCGUGCUCCAAAGGUGCAGCUUGGGUCCAUGAUUCUCCUUUCUUACCACCAAGUACGAUAAUAUUUCCUGAAGUGGGUGCCAAUUCUCUAAAAGUUUGUGCUAUGCGGCAAUUUCUGUCCGACCAGCGCUGCUUAACUGUGGACCAUUUCAAUCCAAUUCCCCCGACGCUUGCGGCCGAUCUAUUAAGAUUUCUAAAGCAGAGCAAAUUGUUGACACUACACUUGUGGAAAAUAUUCGCUACCACUCAUCCGCAGGAGUUAGUAAAGGAAGACAGCGCCUAUAGAUUCGAGCCACUGCUCAUACAAAUGCCAAUGCGCAAGUAUUUCAGCUUAAUAACAUCUGAUUCUUUCUGUUGGCAAACGGCCAUGUCCAUUUCCAUUGACGUUGUGGACCUUGGUGGGCUAGUUGAUAUUUCCAGGAUCUCCAACCUUGUCUAUUUGAGAAUAACGGGGUCCCGGCGAAGGCGGCAGUGGCCCCAAAACACCUUCGUGAAUGAUCGAGUGAUCAAAAGCUGGAGCGAAGCCGCGUGUGCGGGCAAAGCGUUCAAAUAUCUUCGUGGUUUGAUCUUAGAUUCUUCAUGUGAUCUCACAAUCAAUGCCUUUCCUUAUCUGGACCGCUUUCCCGCCUUGUCUUUGCUUGUCCUGGAGGGACGCCUACGGGUUGAAGGCAAGGGCCUUCUAGAAGCUGGAGAUCGCCAUGGCUGGCAAGCGAGCACAUUGGCUCAUGGUGAAUUCUCCUUUGAAGAUUUCAAAGCAUCGUGUACCAACGGGGAGGAGCCACAGAAACCAUCGAUCUACUCUAAAAACGAUCUCUCUCUUCCGACGUUACAUUUUCAAAUAGACUGUUCUGGUGACAGCCUUCAUGAAGUGACAAUGAUAUAUCAUUUUCACAGAGAGCCAAAAAUUACUGAUCCCAAGUUGGGAUCUUCCAAGAAGGUUGCUAGAUUGACGAGGACAGAUAAAUUUCCGGGAAUAAGCAAACCCAGGCGGCCGCUCAAGGUCAAGGCUUCCAAAGGACAAGAUAUAAGUGGCUUGCUCGCGGAUUUCGGAUAG